UGUUAUAGGGAGGCCGGCUUGUUCUGAGAGAGGAGUUUCACCAUAGUUGCAGAAUGAGGAAACACUUGAGGUGAAGAAGUCCUCUGACUUUGGAACAACACAAGAAGAUAUCACAAAAGAACCUGGAUUAAUUUAUUUUGAAGUAGCUUCAGUUAUGAGUAAUUGUGAAAAUCAAUGUGAUCUUGAUCAUCUCCAUGGAUUUCUUAUUUCAAAGUAUCUUCUUAACCAGAGGACACACAUCAGGCCCAGAGCCCAGUGGUGAUGCUGACAAUGCAGCACUACAACUCCACGGGCACUAUCGCCUCCUUUCCCCUCUCUAACCACACCACCAUGGUUCAGGAGCCUGAGGUGGAGGCCGUAGCACGCAAUACCACCUUUCCACCGAACAACCCCACCUCUGCCGGCCUCACCAUGACUUUGGGCAUCCUUUUCAAUGUGGUGGCCCUCAUCAUUCUCGCCAAGGCUUACAACCGCUUCCGUCGGCGGUCAAAGGCCACUUUUCUGCUCUUUGCCAGCUCUCUGGUGGCAACAGAUCUGGCUGGACAUGUCAUCCCUGGAGCCCUGGUACUGAGGAGAUACUCAGCAGGCACUGGGUCCACAGCUGAUCCUGUCUCUAGCUUUCGAGGUGGUCCUGCGAAUCUGGAUACCUCUUGUCAGUUUCUGGGAAGUUGCAUGGUGUUCUUUGGCCUGUGCCCUCUGUUCCUGGGCUGUGCCAUGGCUGGUGAGCGCUGCCUGGGCGUUACCAGGCCAUUGCUGCACUCUCGUCUGGUGACCACAGCACGGACAAAGAUGGCACUGGCCCUGAUCUGGCUGCUGGCUUUAUGUGUGGCCCUUUUACCCUUCUUCAGCUUGGGUACCUACACUAACCAGUACCCGGGGACAUGGUGCUUUAUCAGGGUGAUGGAGAACACUACAGUGACAGAUCUGGCAUUUGUGGUGCUGUUCUCUGGACUGGCAUUGUGCUCUUUGGCCGUGGCCUUUGUGUGCAACACCAUCAGUGGGAUGACUCUAGUGAGAGCCCGGCUAAAGAACAGGUCCUGCUCCCAACGCCGCUCGGCCAGGUCCCACGACACUGAGAUGGUGGUCCAGCUAGUUGGCAUCAUGGUCACCUCGUGCAUCUGCUGGAGCCCUCUGCUGAUCUUUGGACUGACUUCAGCCAUACGGUCCUACAGUGGCUCACUGAACAGUGACAUAAACACUUAUAGGCAGCUGAUGAUCACAGGUGUCAGGAUGGCAACAUGUAACCAGAUCCUGGACCCGUGGGUCUACAUCCUGCUGCGACGCGCCGUCCUCAGGAAGAUCUACAGCCUCACUAAAAGCCAGGCCAGUUUUAAAAGAAGCACCUUCCGCUCUGUUCGCUGGGAUGUCAGCUCCUUUCAGAACUCAGAGAAACAAAGUGUUAAAAAGGUGUAAGGGAGGGACUUACAGAGGAAGAAAGGGGACAUGUCAUCCAUCACUUUUUAAGGGAUGCUCUGUCAUUUGCCAGCGGUAUCACAACUCGUGCAGGAUCUAUUAUCUGGAUCAGAAUUCAGUGUUAUCCCAUUGAAAAGAGUUCUCUCUCUUGGCUGAGAGCCACCCUGGUUUAUGUGUAUGAAGUAUAAGUGUUUUUAAAAACAUGGAAACAACAUGUCUGAAAUAUCACUAACCAGCUUGGGUUGUUGUAUGAGCCAGUGUUACUCUACAACGGGGAAAAGCCCCAACUCACUGUAAACUGCUUACAGUGUGGCCCAUGCACACGACAUGUUGGCUUGAUAGUCUGUCCUCUGUGAGAACAGAUAAAUAUAUAAAUAAAAAAUUUUUGUCUGUUGAAGUAUAAUGUGCUAACUUUCUGUUGAAGUGAAGACUGUAUCUAGUCUUAAAGCAAACAUCUCAACUCAAAAGUUUUGUCUGUAAAUGUGCCGUUUUGUUCUCUGACAUAAUGUAAAAGUCAAUGACUUGUGUAAAUAAGAGAUCAAAAGAACAGGCUGUGCUUUUACCUCAGCUUGAAGAUGUGAAAUAACACCCUGUGUGUAUCAAUUGAAGUGCUGUGACAUGAAUGUGAAUGUCUAUCUUUAUUUUGUUUUAUUUUCCCGGGGUGUCUGGGGACUAAAGUGAAGCUAUGUGGUGCAAAAGCUAAUUGAAUAUUAUGUGGAAAAGUAAGAAUACAUAAUAAAUUAUUCUGUUCCUGUUUUGA